GCGGCGCACAAUUGGCCCAGCGUCUUCCGGGUUUGGCCGGGGUAGGCCGUCAUUGUAAAUAAGAAUUUGUUCUAAAUAACAAAAUGGCUCCGAUUGGUCAGUGCUAGACAUGUGACGUCCUUGGGCAGAAUUUGUGGUCUUGCGUAGUUUAUGAAAACUGUUACUUUGUUGGACUGGCAAGGAACAUCUCCAACAGGUAUGACUUUAAUAUUCCAGCAGAUUGUAAUCUUUUUGAACAUGCAAAAGUUGAGGAUAGGCUAUCUAUCACAAUCUAUCAUAAUUGAUCGAUCAAAAGUUUAUUAUUAUGUAAUGGGCAGUGCGCAUUCAUGUUAUUGAAAUGGCGAGUUUGACAGCUCUUAUUUUGACACCUCUCACGAAUAAGCUUGUUUUAUCAAUAACAUGGCAUUUAUGACAAUAGUUGGACAUUCUUUAGGCCAACUCUUCACUAUAUGAUGCUACUUGCAGUGUUUUUUCUUCAAUAGUAAAAAAGUAUUUUGAUAUUGUUUCAAUGGGCUUUCACUUUUGUCAUGCGCCCUGACUGCCCAUAUUGUGUUAGUUGAAAAAUCGAGAGCUUGCAUAUAACAUUGGAUUCACAUUACAUUCAAUAGACAGCUUGUUCGUUGUUAGUCUAAAUCUCACUUCUUUGGAAAUGCAGGAGUGUUGUACAGAUUCCUUACACUUUAUUUGAACCACAUUUUCAAUAGUAUUUGUUAGUUGUGGUUUAAAUGACUUUUGGCAUGCCAUUGGCUCAUUUUGCAGUUGAUUAUUUACAAAGAGCAAUUGCACAAGAUAGCCUAUAGUGCACUUUGAAACCGGCAUUGAUAACUGUUGAUCCUUAUAAUAUAAUAAUAUGCCAUUUAGCAGACGCUUUUAUCCAAAGCGACUUACAGUCAUGCGUGCAUAAAAAAUGUUGGUGGGUGGUCCAGGGGAUCGAACCCACUACCUUGGCUUUACAAGCGCCGUGCUCUACCAGCUGAGCUACAGAGGACCCUUGCUCUGUUUAUCCUGUCUCUGUCAUUCCAAGCGCUUCAAUGACCUCUCCCUGAAUGUGGUUUUGUUAGUUGUGGUUUAAAUGACUUUGGCAUGCCAUUGGCUCAUUUUGCAGUUGAUUAUUUACAAAGAGCAAUUGCACAAGAUAGGCUAUAGUGCACUUUGAAACCGGCAUUGAUAACGUGUUUGCUCGCAUUGCUCGUAUAAGGUUCAUAACUCCCGUGGGUUUCUGUUUUCCUAUAUCUAGGCCCAAGAUCUGCUUCUAUAUGAACUCUCCUAGAAGUGGUUAAGAUCUUCAAAGUAUUUUCCUGAUGAUCUUAUGGACUGUAUAGCUACUAUAAUGUCAUUACUAUAAGCUAUUGUUAUAAGAUGCAUAUUAGUGAUGAACUGUAAAAGGCAGUUCCUAUCUUCCCACUUGACUUAUGUCUAACCGCAUAUUGUGUAACAUGCACAUUUCUGUACCUUCCCGUGAUGACACUGGCACUUUGUUUGGUAUACUGAGGAAUGGGGGAUGGGGCUGGGUAGAUGUGACCACACUUAAUCACAGGCAGAGGCUCAAUGUUUGCCAGGACUGACAGUCCAUGAGAUGACUUAUUAGAAGGUUGUCUGUCUUAUCCUGUCCCAGACAUGUUCCUGUACCUCCUUGGGCUGGUGGUGUUUUACUACCUGUACCGCUGGUUCCGGGAGAUCCCCAGAGUCCCAGACAAAGGAGACAAAUAUGUCUACAUCACGGGGUGUGACUCUGGGUUCGGCAACCUACUGGCCAGACAUCUGGACAAGCUGGGUUUCUGUGUGAUCGCAUCCUGCUUCACAGAGAAGGGAGAGGAAGAUCUGAGGAAGGCCUGUUCAGACAGACUCACCACCCUCCACCUGGAUGUCAAAAAGAACGAGAGCGUCGACAAAGCAGCUGCUUUGAUUAAAGACAAAGUCGGGGCUAGGGGUGAGUGUCAGUGUUGAUAUUGAAAAGCAAACAGUCCUAUCAUCAUUUGUGUCCAGUCAUACCAGUCAAAUUAUGCAAUAUUACCAGUUCAGUUACAUUUUGACAUUCAUGUGCCAGUAUCAUUGUCCUUACUAUGUCCUCUUCUUACCAAACACCUGUGAAAUAAUGGAUGUUCAUAAAGCUACGUAAUGACCUGUCACCUUCUAGGCCUGUGGGCUGUGGUGAACAACGCGGGUGUGGCCAUCCCCUCGGCCCCCUGUGAUUGGCUGACCAUUGAUGACUACAAGUCCAUGCUGGAUGUGAACCUGAACGGGGUCAUCGCAGUCACCCUGAGUGUGCUGCCCCUCAUCAAGAAGGCCAGGGGUCGUGUGGUCAACGUAGCCAGUGUGUUCGGCAGGAUUAGUCCUGUCGGAGGACCUUACACCGUGUCUAAGUAUGGAGUGGAGGCCUUCAAUGACAGUCUUAGGUGAAACAAGAACCCUUUUUACUAUCAUAUCCAUGCCAUAUUUUAAAUCAGUGUUUUUACAUACAUUCAAUAAUCUAGCCAUUGUGAACCAUAAGCAAUACAACUUUGACUGUUUGACUUCAGCGAAUGAAACUAUACAAAUCUGUAACAUAUCAGAAGUACAUUUGUAAACAGAAGUUUUGUUACCAUGUUUUUCAGGAGAAACAUGGUACCUUUUGGAGUCAAGGUCCUCUGCAUUGAGCCAGGCUUUUUCAAGACCACCGUUACCGACUCGACAGUCCUGGGGAAAAGCAUCAAGCAGCUGUGGGAGAAGAUGCCACAAGAAGUCAGAGAUGACUAUGGACCUGAUUAUUUGGACAAGGGUAAAUAUAAAAGUUUUAGUUUCCUACAUUCUCGAAUGUAUUAAUUUGCACAAAUGUUUUAUUUAGCCAAUGCAAGAUUUGGCUAUUUUUGUAUUCUGUCUACCCUCUGUGACAUCCAGUCUUUCAAAGGAUUGAAUCUAUUCAAAAAGCAUUAUUCUCUAGUGAAAGUGGCCAUCUUGAAUAGCUAAAGACAAACGUGUAGUAACAUGGUUGCUAACCUUCCCUGUCCCUUCUAGUGGACGUGAUGAUGAAGGAGAAGCUUGUCAAGAUGUCCGACGCCGACCUGAUGAAGGUGGUGAGCUGUAUGGAGCACGCUGUCUCUGCCGUCCGUCCUCGCACCCGCUACUCGCCAGGGUGGGACGCCAAGUUCUUCUGGAUCCCUCUGUCCUACAUGCCAACCGGGUUGGCCGACUGGCUACUGCUCAAGGAAGCCAUCCUACCAGCCAAGGCUGUCAACUAAGGCUGAUGUAAGAUUGUCAGCGUUUAUGCUGUCAGAACAAAUACUUGUUUGUGCUGUGCUACUGCUUGUCUUUAAUGAAUAUAACACUUUUGUACCCUACUGUCUGCAGGCUGAGAUACAGUAUGAUGUAAGCUUUGCUACAGACACAUUUUAAUUUUACAUAUCCAUGUAAGGUUUAACCUCUGACCUGUAACAAAAAAAAUAAAAGCCAUAAUUGUUAUUUGGUA